AUGAUUCUAUUUUUUCUACUUUUCUGGUGGACAGAUCCAGCGGCUGCUUUAAUAUACGGCGAAGAUAUACAAAGAGUGAAACUAAGAAAUUUCAAUCCAACUCUACCGAAAAAUCUCCAAUGCAAGAGACCCCUCCCGAUUUCACAGCAAAAUCGCUAUCAGCAAUCCUCUCGCAUCAUCAAUGGUCAGCGAGCUGAUUGGAACUGGCCUUUUAUCGUUCGAAUAAAAAUUCAAAAGAACAGAUCUUACUGUGGAGCGUCAAUUAUCAACCCUGAAUAUGUCAUUACGGCGGCUCAUUGCGUUGCUCAUGAUAAAAAAGUAACCCUGACUUUUGGCGACCAAGUUUUACAUGAAAAAGAGACGAGAGAGCUUUCUAUGGAUUCAGCCGAAUUCAUCAUUCACCCAAGAUAUUCUCCAACGACCGGUCAAAAUGACAUUGCUCUAAUAAAACUACCAAGGCCAAUCGCAUAUUCUUCCAAUAUUUCACCCGUUUGCUUACCUUACAAGCAAGAAUUUCAACCUGGAACAGAUUGCUUUAUCGCCGGCUGGGGCGCCCAGGACGAAAGUCACAAGAGAGGAGUCGUUUCAAGUCAGCUGAUGGAGGCUCGAGUGCCGCUGCUUUCUGGAGAAGGAAAGGGUUACACAGAAUGGAUUCACCAGCAAAUUUACGAUAACAACUGGCGAAGCAUUUACGACCAAUACAAGCCCAACAACUGCGGAUCCAAAAACAUCGGAGCCACGGAAAUGAGCUCGAGGACAGAAGCGUCAACUAUUUUAGUAACUAGUGGUGAUACGAAAUGCUUUGGAACUGUUAUUAGCGAAAAUUUUGUCAUUUUUGCGAUCGACUGCGUUACUGACGAAAAAUUACUCAAGAUUUUCUCCGUCUACGAUGAAUUGACCAUCAAGAAAAUUUUAUACGAUGAUUACGGGAGCUUGGCAAUGGUAGAAACAGUGGAAACUUUAGAAGUGCAAAUGUGCGUCAGCGAGUCAACACCAGGUACGAAUGAAGAAUGCCUCUCACUUGAUUCAGAAUACUUCCCGAAUUUUUACCGGACGUCGCCCUGUCCAGCCGGCAGUGCUGAAACAACUUGCUUUGAUAAUAUUCCUUCCAGGUUGAUUACGAACAUGCUAAGUGUUCCUAUCAUCUGCGGCAACCGACUGGUCUCAUUCUACCUGGAUACCGAGUCAAUCCAGUUCAUGAGUCUUCAACAAUCGCGAAAAACCAUCACCGCCGCCAUCGAAAAAUCAGAUCUCAACAAAAAGCCGCAAAUUGCUCCGGAAGAAAACGUUAUGGUGACAUAUGAGUAUCAGUAUGAUUACACGGAGGUGGACGGCGAGGAAACUGCGGAGGAUUUUCAGGACUAUGAAAGUCGCGGAUCCAAGAAAAAUCGAAGCCUGAGAAGACAGCUUCUAAAACCCAAAGAACAAACUCGGAAAAGAAUCUGCAACGAAUCUUCGAACGUGUGA